GGUGGGAAGGGAUUCCCCGUGACACGCUCGUGUCGCCCUUCAGUAGGGAAGUGCGCGCGUAACGCGAUGCUUUGCAGUGUUCCUCGCAUCGUGGCGCUUCUCUCUUUCGCUCUAAUACACGUUCACGUACUCGUCAAAUUAUCCAAUUUUCUCGGUGUUGAAGGAGCUCUUCCACCUGGAGCCGAGGACGAGAUAGUCUUGAUCGAGCAUUUGCCAGGAAGACGAGUCCAUCUUCAAGAUUUUUUCUGGAGCGGUGCGGAAGACGCGCCGCCAUGGCUAGAUCCGGAUCAAACGUUGAGUCUGUACGAGACGCGAACGAUUCACCAUACAGCGACGAUUUAUGUCCCGGAUGACGGGACUACGACGGGCGGACGAGUCGGAACACCGGCACAAGAUUCGCCACCCGCUCCUUACGAUCCCGGUUGUACUUCUUGCAUCGAUCCAACACCGACUCUCAUCGAGGCUGACCAAGACAUCGGAGUCCUCGUCGGCGAUGAUCCAGGUCCAAGAUAUUGGCUGUUAACGGUUCUCAAAUCAGGGGAAACCGUUCCCCCCAAAGUGGAAUUGCGAUUGGCACGUUUAUAUCGCGCAGCAUUUUCGAGACAGCAGCAACGUCAUUUGGGACUUUUAGCUACGGAUCCGCGUCUCCGAAGAGCCGCGACAAAACGUCGUGGGUCGUUGGACACUCGCACGCCGAUUUCAAAUCAAACCGGAUCUAAUGACAAUCAUACGGAGUGGAAGAGUGUUGGUAAAACUGUUGGGAGAUUGGAGGAGUCAUUGAAAAAUUUAACGAGAACGGGAAGUAUCGAACCGAAACUUAUGAGGCAAUUAAAGAUACCGAGGUUCGUAGAUUUAACGGAAAGUGAGAUGUUGUUGGGAGCUCCGGAAGAAUCGGCAACGAUCCCUUUCGAAGAUGACUCCUCCGAUCGGAGCGAGUCGUCGCGCGCACGGGGGCCAGGCCCGAGCAGAGUUGGCGAGUCGAAAAAGCAAACGUCACAAUCGUCUUUCGUCGUAUCCGGUCUGGUUGGGCCGCGAGGUCGACGUUAUCAGAGCACGAAUUCCCCUAAUAAGACGCGGACGUCAUCGAGGCCCUUGGAAGAAUCGCCGGAGACGAAAAACAAUGACGAGGACUCGAGAGCGCACAAAGGGCCCUCGGCGAAUUCCGAGAGUUCUGCCAAAUUAAUAAAUCCGUUGGUAAAUCAAACGGCAGAAUCGAGCAAUUCGAGCAAAUCAAAAUUACGCUCGCUCGGGAUCGGUGUUGUGCAAGUGAGAAUGCAAAAUAUGAGUGUCACAGAGACCGGAAGCACGAGGCUCGUUUAUUCCGUUCACUUGGGCGGAAAACCCGUUCCAGCGGAAACUGCCGCGAAAGACAUGGCCCUUCUCUCCCCUCAAGAGGUCGCCCUUGAACUCGGAGUACCCGUCAUUAUUCAGAGCGAACCUUACUUGAAAGAGACGCGGCCGUUGGCGCUGUCGCGAAAACGGGAUGCGUGGUUACUCAUCGGAGCAGCUGGAGCUGCGAUAAUUCUCCUUACGCUGGUAAUAGCCGCUGUGGUGAUUGCGGCUAACAGGAAAAGGGCCCACAGCGCUGUUGCGGCACCGCCGGUCGAGAGUAUUCUUAAAAAAGAUCGCGGCUACACUCCGACGACUCCGGGAUUCGACAACACCGGUUAUACCUCGGAGACCGAAGCCAGAACGCAGACGGACGGUACCAGUCAGAGACAAACCCCUGGAAGUCAUUCAAGAUCGCCGAUAACUCCGCUCACUCCUGAGAGCCUCGAGGACGACAUACAAGAAUUGUCGAGCGACAACGAUGACGAGCUGAGGAGACAACGGAGCGCCAAGUCUUGGGAUAUCCAAGAAUAUCCGGAGUCACACAAAAAGUCCAGGAAAGCCGGACGGAGAAGAGUGACGAGAACGAACGCGAUUGAUCAGCCGAGAACGCCGGACUCGAUGGAUAGCGUUAUAAACGAGGAAGAAAAUUUGGAAUCGCUGCAAGAGAGCCGACUCCGCAAAUUAGAAGAUACAGCUUCGCCCCAUUCCUAUCUCUCGAUGCCGUCUUGUAAAUUGUUCCCCAGCAUGAGAAGCGUCGAGCCGCUGUCAAAAAUCCUCGAACCCGUGGUCGUCAGACAUUUGGAUCUCGAAUUCGAGACGCCGGAAAUGGUCAGACGAGCUAACGGAGCUUGCGAUCACCGGAGCAAUCAGGCCGAGGGGUUGAGCAGAACGAGAAGCGCCCUCAAGGAUCCUGGCGUUGUUGGGCCAAUCGUUUGGGAUCUCAGACGUCAGAGAGCCGUCGAAGAAAGCGGGGCUUCCGAAACAGAGGGCGGAGAACGUACGACGGUGUCGGGUCCGGUGGGUCGAGCAAGAAGGAGGCUCCACGAGCUGCUCGAGGAUUCUUUCAGUCUUUUCGGAACGAGGGAGGCGAGAUCGCGGGAACCGCCGGGGUGUUCUUCGUCACGACCGACCUCAGCCGCAAGGUCGAUCGAUCACCAGAUCGGAGGAAUUACGUUUUCCGAGUCGAGAGGGAAGUCGGCGCACGUGAGCCCGGUAGGAACGCCGAUAAGCCAACCAAAGACGAGACCGCGUACGUCACUGCCACGGGGAGGGGAGAACGCCGAAGAGAUACCGGAAACGGGAAACGCGGCGCCGCAUCCGCGAGGUGCGUGGGGCUCGAGGCCCCUGAGCGCAGGGCCUUUUCAUCGGCCGAACUUACCGGAAAUCGACGUCAAUCGUGUGCUAACCGAUCAUCAGCUGCCCUCGGAAGACCCGGCGGUACCGCUCAUAGCCGCCAUUAGGAAGGAGCUCGGUAAAUUUACCCCGGAAAUGAGGUCUUAGCGCGGGAGAGCUCGGUCCAACGCUCACACGAAUAAAGAGGAAACUCUAGUCCUUUGGGUAUUUUUUUUUAUCAUUUUUUUCCAACACAUCUGCUCUAUUACUCACUGUAAAUAUUCCAUACCAUCCGUUAAAUACUAAAUUAAAAUAAUUAUUACGAAAUGGGAUUCAAGUUGUAUCCGAAUGUCACCGCGAACCUUCAUUUUUCGUCUCGUACAAAUCCCUGCCGAUUUUUUCAUCAUUAUAUUUGUACUUUUGCAUGUAUACGCUUGCCCGAAACUGCCACUUCUGUACGAAUUAUAUAACAGCCGAUUUUUUUUUCUCCAUUAUGAUGGAGCAUUCGUAUUCGAGUCGUUUUGAACUUUGGAGCGCACUAGUUUCGUACGAAUAGUCGUAUGGAUGGCACGAACGGAAUGCGAAGAGAUGAAUGAAUUUAUACUGUAACCGCGGAUGACGCUUGUAUACCGAAGGCGGAGCAGAAGAAGAAAAAUUGUAUUCGUUACGAAUGAAAAAUGAAAAAUGAUGUGUAUGCGUCACUGAAAAGUCCACAAUCCGUCCGAUUUGAAUAAAAAGAUUUGUGUACGAUUGAAA